AUGAAAUUGAAAUCCUGUCUAUUGUCAAAGUCUGCUGCUUAAAUUAAAGCUUAAGAUAAUGUUUAUAGAAAUUAAUUUAUCUUAUAAAAUGUAAAAACAAUUAAUGAUUUUCAUUUUGGAAUGGUUAAUUUGAAAGAAAUGUCAGACAGACAUGAAAAUAUUUCCAGAAGUUUGCAAGGUCAAAAGAUUAUUCAGUAUUAAGAUUAUAUUUAUAAUUGUAACUUUAAGGAAAAUGAUUACAAGAAUUAUAAAAAUACAAAGAGGCUCUGGUGUAUAAUCAUUAAAGAUAGAUCCAUAUGAGGAAUAGACAAGAACCCAAAGAGGUAUUCUAAACAAUUAAAAUUAGAUUUUUGA